UGACGGGAAAAGCGUGUAGGUGGCGGAAAAGGGAGGGAGACAAAGAGGACGCUGUGCGAACAGUCCCAUUAGGAUCGUCUUGAGACUUAACGUCGGCCUCGCACUGCGCACGCGUGAUCGCAGCUGAGCCCCGCAAAGAGCCGCUAAGUUGCAAGUGGACGUCGCGCCGUCUUCAUAUUUUUGGGGGAUGUUUUAUUUGUGCGUGUGUGUUGGUCUUGGUAUGAAGAGAUGAAGCUCCCGGUGCCUUGUUGCGGAUAAAGUGUGCUCUCGUCACCCCCUUUAAAGGGGGGUGGGGGGGGAUAAGGAAAGGAAAGGAAAGGAAAGGGAAAAAAAAAAAAAAAGAAAAGCGGACUACAUCUUCAGUUUAUGAAUGGCCCCGACAUGGAGGAAGCGCCGUUUGAGAAAGUCCGAAGCCGGCGGAAGAGGAGUCCGUGUCCGCCGGGCUUCCCCGUGAGCAGCAUCGCCUGCGAGGACGAGUUCGACUGCAAGGAGCUGGAGUCGCUGUUCCAAAACUACAACCUGAAGCUGGAGCAGACGUCCACGCUGAAGGCGCUCGCCGUGCUCAUCGUCAUGUCGUCGGCGCUGGCCGGCGCGGAGCUCCUGGGCGGCCCCGGUCACCUCACCAUCUCCAAGGGCUCGCACCCGGUGCACUGCGUCGUCUUCGCGUCGCUCUUCAUCGUCACCAACGUCAAGUACCUGCAGGUGACCCAGUUGCAGCAGAUCGUCAACCUGAGCCUGCUCUUCGGCUUCACCUUCGCCUUCCUCUGCUGCCCCUUCUCGCUGGGCGCCGCGGGCCCGGAGCCGCAGACGCCGCCCGACCAGGGCGUGUGGCAGCUGGUGCUGGUCACCUUCGUCGCCUACGCGCUGCUGCCCGUCCGGACCCUGCUGGCCGUGCUCUUCGGGCUCACGGUGUCCGUCUCGCACCUCAUUGUCACCGCCACCUCCGUCAGGACGCAGAAACUGUGGCGGACGCUGGUGGCCAACACGGUGCUGUUCACCAGCGUCAACCUGUCGGGCCUGUUUGUGCGCAUCCUGACGGAGCGAGCGCAGAGGAAGGCCUUCCUGCAGGCACGCCACUGCAUCGAAGAGCGACUUCGCAUGGAGGACGAGAACGAGAAACAGGAGCGCCUGCUCAUGAGUUUGUUGCCCAGGAACGUCGCCAUGGAGAUGAAGGAGGACUUCCUGAAGCCACCAGAAAGGAUUUUUCACAAAAUCUACAUCCAGCGCCACGACAACGUCAGCAUCCUGUUUGCAGACAUUGUUGGCUUCACCAGCUUGGCCUCCCAGUGCACCGCCCAGGAAUUGGUUAAACUCUUGAAUGAGCUUUUUGGAAAGUUUGACGAGCUCGCUACGGAGAACCACUGUCGCCGGAUAAAGAUCCUGGGAGAUUGUUACUACUGCGUGUCUGGACUGACCCAGCCCAAGACGGACCACGCCCACUGCUGUGUGGAGAUGGGACUGGACAUGAUUGACACCAUAACGUCAGUGGCGGAGGCCACGGAGGUCAACCUGAACAUGCGCGUGGGCCUGCACACGGGCCGGGUGCUGUGCGGGGUGCUGGGCCUUCGCAAGUGGCAGUACGACGUGUGGUCCAACGACGUCACUCUCGCCAACGUGAUGGAGGCCGGGGGACUACCCGGGAAAGUCCACAUCACCAGAUCCACACUCGAGUGCCUGAAUGGCGAUUACGAGGUCGAGCCAGGAAACGGUCACGAGCGCAACGCCUUCCUCCAAAAACACCAGAUCGAAACUUUCUUUAUCGUGCCAUCUCACCGACGCAAGAUUUUCCCAGGAUUGAUUCUCUCGGAUAUCAAGCCGGCCAAAAAGAUGAAGUUCAAGACGGUGUGCUACUUGCUGGUGCAGCUCAUGCACUGCAGGAAGAUGUUCAAGGCAGAGAUCCCCUUCUCCAAUGCCAUGAACUGUGAGGACGGCGAUAAGCGGCGGGCCAUGAGGACGGCACCGCAGAAGUUGCGGAACCGGCCCAAAGCCAACCAGGCCAACGUGGUCCAGAGCAGCCCCAGAACGCGGGUCAACCGCUACAUCGGGCGGCUGAUCGAAGCCCGGCAGACCGAGUCGGACACGGCCGACCUCAACUUCCUCACGCUCAUGUACAAGUGCUCGGAGCGCGAGCAGAGGUACCAUCAGGUUCCAGAUGAGUACUUCACCAGCGCUGUGGUUCUGUCUCUGAUCCUCGCUGCCUUGUGCGGUCUCGUAUAUCUUGUCAUCAUACCGCAGGGCACAGUGGUGCUGGUGCUGCUCGUCUUCUGCAUCUGUUUCCUGGUGGCGUGCAUCAUGUACCUGCAUAUCACCAGAGUACAGUGCUUUCCUGGGUGCCUGACGAUUCAGAUUCGCACCGCUCUCUGCAUUCUCAUCGUGCUCUUAAUCUAUGCUGUGGCCCAGGCCUGUGUGGUGGGCUGCAUGCCCUGGAUGUGGGGUCCCGCCAAGACCAACAGCUCCAUCGUCAUCAUCGACACGGACAGCGACGUCAACCGCACCACGGCCGAGCUGCCCUGCGAGGGCGCCCGCUACGCCUUCCUGUCGUGCGCGGUGGGCACGCUGACCCUGGCACUCUUCCUGCGCGUCUCCUGGCUGCCCAAGAUGGCGCUGAUGCUCCUGCUGGUGGUGCUCUACAUCACCGUGCUGGAGCUCAGCGGUUUUCGCAAGACCGCCGGUGGGGGGUCCUUCCACAUCCGGGGCUUUGAGCCCAUACUGUCUCUGUUGCUCUUCGUCAGUGCCCUGGCCCUCCACUCCAGGCAGCUUGACCUCAAACUGCGCUUGGACUUCCUCUGGGCUGUGCAGGCGGAGGAGGAAAGGGACGGGAUGGAAAAAGUCAAACUGGACAACAGGCGGAUCCUGUUCAAUCUGCUGCCGGCACACGUGGCCCAACACUUCCUGCUGUCCAACCCCAGGAACAUGGUGAGCCCAGCUCAUAGGCAGGCAGACACACACAAACAGGAUCUGUACUACCAGUCUUACGCGCAAGUAGGCGUCCUGUUUGCGUCCAUCCCGAACUUCAACGACUUCUACAUCGAGCUGGACGGCAACAACAUGGGAGUGGAAUGCUUGAGACUCCUCAACGAGAUCAUUGCAGACUUUGAUGAGCUCAUGGAUAAAGAGUGCUACAGAGAUAUUGAGAAGAUCAAGACCAUAGGCAGCACGUACAUGGCGGCCGUCGGCCUCGUCCCCACCGUCGGAACCGAGGCCAAGAAGUCAAUUUAUGACCACCUGAGCACAAUAGCGGACUACGCCAUCGAGAUGUUUGACGUGUUGGAUGAAAUCAACUAUCAGUCUUAUAACGAGUUUGUCUUAAGAGUGGGGAUCAAUGUUGGUCCAGUGGUGGCAGGGGUCAUCGGGGCACGGCGACCCCAGUAUGACAUCUGGGGGAAUACGGUCAACGUAGCCAGUCGCAUGGACAGCACGGGCGUACCGGGGAAGAUACAGGUGACGGAGGAGGUCUACCGCCUGCUGAACUCUGACUACGACUUGGUGUGCCGCGGCAAAGUGAGCGUGAAGGGCAAAGGGGAGAUGCUGACUUACUUCCUGGAGGGCAAGGUGCAGGGCGUGGGCACGGCCACCACCUCUUCCGUGGUGCGCUCGGCCAGCCUGGCGCGCCGCAUCCACUCCUGCGGCAAGACCAGCGUGCCCGCCAACCUGGGCAGCGUCUCCUCGGUCGCCGCCGCCCCCAACAGCCAGCCGACGUGCUUGCCCUCUUCCCGCGUGCCUGCGGUGGGUGAGGAGGAGGAGGAGGAGGAAGAAGAGGAAGAGGAGGAUUUAGCUGUGACAGAGAUUGAGAUUGAGGCUGUGGCGACUGUGGCUGACGCUGCGGUGUAGACACAAACGCAAGUGAGCGACCUCAGCGAAGGUAAGAAGAGCCAAGAUGGAGGCCUUGAGGAGAGCCGCCUGCAUGUUUCCUGCAGGUGCGACGCUCAUGCAGGAAAUGAGUCCAGACAAUCCUAAUUUGCUGGGUUUUCUUUGUUUGUUUUUUUUCUAAAGGAAAUGUCAGCUGCUUUCCACUCUUUGGACACACUCGGACAAACUGUCCUUUUCUUUGCAGGUAAAAUCUCCGCAGAGGGGCUAUUUUCCUCCAAAAAAAAGAUCUUUCUAAUGAUGCCAAGGAUGCAUUCAAUGAUUUAAAGUUGUCACAGCGUUUAUUUUUAUGGUGCGUCUAAGCAUGUGCGUAUGUAUUUGUGAGUGUCUGUGCUUGUAUGACAGCGCAAUGACAUUUUGAACACUUUUGCUGACACAUUUAUAAUUACCAGUGCAUGACUUUUUACAAGUUGAUAGCCAUAGCUACGCUUUCCCCUUAAAGUAAACCAAAGUCAUUAGAUUUUCCAAUAUGGCAUCCACCAGAUUAGCACUCUCUUUCUAACACCACCAGAUAAGCUAAAAUGGGUCUUUUCUACACCCUGCUCGAACAAACUACAGUGGAACCUUUAAAGUCAAAUUCAAUUCAUCGAGGGACGCUUUAGAUUUGAUUUUACAGAGGACACCGCAUGCUCACGGUUCGGCGCCUGCGAAAUCACCUAUUUUAUUUUUUUCAUUUUUUUCUGCAAUUCUUUUUCUUUUUUCUUUUUUGGGAAGAAACUAACCCCAGAAUUGCUGAAUGGCAUUUCAUCCCUACUUAUGUAAGACUUUUUUGGGUUUGAAAAAAAAAUAUAUAUAUAUAUAUAUAAUAAUAAUCAUAUAUAAUAUAUAAUAAAAAUAAAUGAUUUCUUUUAAAUGCAGUUAUAAUGGGCGUCAAUUAUCCACGGUAUCAAAAAUGUUUUCCUCAUUGGAGGUACUAUGGCUAAAACAAAAAUGUUAAAACAACAAACUUUCCAAACUGUCAUAAAAGUAUAAUAAUAAGGUAACCCCAGUCAAUAAGAUGUAAUAACAACUGUAUGUUUACUGUCGUGAAAGUGAAACUAAGUUUACCCCUGUUAAUAAGAAUAAUAAGACGUACAAACACGGACACGCUCAAGAGAAGGUGAUUUACUGUACGUCGUGGUUGCGUCUCAUUGUUUUACAGUCUUAACUCGUAAAAGUGUACAAAAUAAAUGACUCCACUGUUAUAUAUAAUAAGUCAUAAAACAACAACAAUAAUGCGCCUUCUUUUGGUAUAAGUGUUGCGCGGGGGAAAAAGCCAAAGAAAAAGAAAACAAAUUCAUCCUUUGUGGCCCUUUGCGAUGUGCGUCACGUGAUGUCAUGCGAAACGGGGGUGCAGCUAUUGUCGCGGAGAAAGCCAAAGAACAAGCGGAACACGUGCAGAAUCAAGCACAGAGGGAAGGAAAAAAAAGACCAUUUUGCCAUUUUGGACUUUUAGAGGUUCCACCGUACCUGUUUCACACUUAUUUUACACACGACGAUUAUUUAAUGCAGUAAACACACAAGUUGUGCCCUUGAGGAACAAAACCUCCAAGUAUGGUGUAAACGCACACAACAUGGGUAGGCAACCCGCGGCCCGUGGGCCAGAUGUGAGCGAAUCUGAAAACAGAAGACAUUUAACCCACGAAUGCUCGGAAUAUUUCAGAACAAUAAAGAUUUGCAGGUCUUUAUAUCAGGAAAAAAAGGCAUUCCCCAAAUCUGACGUACGGUAUUGUAUAAAGACAGUAUUAAAGCACACAACUGCACAAUAGCAAGUCUACUUUAUAAUGUAUUUAUAACACAAAUGGUUAUGGAAACAUCGGUGCUGUUGGCCCACAUUUUUCCUAUAUAGCUAUACAGUGGACCACCCCCGUAUUCGUGGUUGGAUAUUCGCAAAUUCACCGACUCACCAAGUAUUUCUGGGGGGUGGGUGGGUGGGGACCUUCUCCUCCAUUAUUUGCUCAAAAACUAAAGUAUUAGCCUACUGAAGUUCUGUAAUGUAGCCCCCCCCAAAAAAAAAUCUGAUUUUUUUUUUUUUUUUUUCUUCUUCAUGGCAAAAUACUGUCUACAGUAUGUAUGUACUUUGGGAGAACAGUUCUGAGGUUCCAGUGGUAAACAAAAAAUACUGUCAUAAAUAUGAAUAAUGAUGAAUUAAUAAUCUACCGCAGUUGUACAUGUAGAUCAGUGCUUUUGAUAGUGUUUAGGCCAGCAGAGAAGGACUUGAAGGCCCUCAAUUUUAAUCCGUUUUAGGGGAGUGUCAAUCAAUGGCGGAAUUUUGCUGUUCACGGUUGGGCUCGGUCCCCCCGUCCCCCCGCGAAUCGCGGUGGUCCACUGUACGCCAUGCGGCUGUAUCUUGGGUGUAUAGCCUCGAUCUGCAUCUGUGUACAUCCGUCAUGUUUCUGCCUUACUCCACGGCAAGCUUAUCAGUGUUUGCAACCUGCCUUUUUACAUAUAUUCACUUUGAUAUGCAGGUCAUACGGUUUUACGUUGUUGUUUGUAAAUAGCCAAACAAAGCUAUGAUACAUCUUGUACAGUGUAAAGAUGGUUUAUUGAAUAUUUUGUAAUAAAGACAAUAUUGGUGUAUAAAAUAAUGAUUAGGCCUACGGGUUCAUGAAGGCGAUAUUCUUUAUCUUCCGCGAAGAACAGCUGAUAUUACAGAGGAGCUGUGACCGUCUCCAUGUACCGUAUAGCCUGUGUCCGUAUUAUACUGAACGUUAAACCAUCAAAGCUUGAAGAGCAAAAAUUAAAAGCAUUGCACCUGGCAGAGAGAGAGAGAAGCAACUUUGAACUUGUUGCGUUUGGCCUACAGCAGCGAAUAAACCGUGUCAAGUUUGUCCGAGGCUCACUGUGCGUGCGCGUGUCAGUGAAGGCAAAGCAAACCGUCACUUGCACAAUCAUCACCGUGACUCACCUUAAAAAGAAGCGAUGACCUCACAGAAAACAAAACAAAAAAAAGGUUGUUUCAGGAUGCCGCUGAAGUACACGCACACGGUGAAGCAAUGAGGGGGAAUCCGAGGUCAACGACAGUUCACAAACAACCCCCCGCCUCCCCGCCCCUCCCCUCCCCCACUACCCAAUGUAACCAUCUUACUGGCAUGUACGCAAGCCUU